AUGGAAAAACUUGCAGAGUCAGCAAUCAAGAUGGUCACCACAAAUGACGAACUCCUAGGCAUACUAGAGGGGUUGGAAACCAUCAUUUUGGAGGCUUUCUACCAUGUUGAUAGUGGUAAUGUUCGACGAGCUUGGAUUACCAUGCGCCGUGCUGCCAUGGCCGCACAACUAAUGGGCUUGCAUCGGCCUAGUCAACAUCGGUUCAAAGUCAUCAAUGACGAGACUGAUCUAGACCCUGAAGCCAUGUGGGCGUGCAUCGUUUUCUUGGAGCGUCUCCUGUCACUCCUGUUGGGAUUGCCUACAAGCACUGCCGCGGCAGAUAUCGUACCUCGGGCCAUAAUGGGAAUUCCUUCGCGUAAUGGUGACAUGCCAACACUCGUCGUGGAUGUUACAGCCAAAAUCUUGCAUCGAAAUGAGAUCAACGUAGCACACGAGGCUCUUGAGUUGACACAAGAAGCCGACCGCAAGCUCAUCAACAUGACUGAACAGAUGCCUUCCGAUUUCUGGCGACCAUUGGCACUAGAAGGCCUAGAAAAAGAUUCCGACGAAGCAUUCUGGGAAAUUCGGCGUUGUUGGGACCACAUGUGCUAUUAUACUCUGGUGGUUCAGCUUCAUUUACCUUACAUGGUGUGCCCGAGCCAUGUUUCACAGAAUUUGUACUCCAGAAUUGCUUGCGUCAAUGCUAGUCGUGAGAUUUUGACUCGAGAGAUUGCGGUCCGCACUUUCAAUCAGAAUACACCAUACUAUCGUCUGGGCGACUUUAUGGCGCUGGUUGCAGGGCUUACACUGAUGCUGGCGCAUAUCGUAAGUCAUGGUAGUGACAAGGUGGACAACUUGCUUGCACAUCAACGACUGGCAGACAGGGCAGUCGUAUUGCGUGCUCUUGAAUGCAUGCAAUCUAUGUCUGAGGUGCACGAGGAUCUUCUUGCCGCAAAGUGCGCCACUCUGCUCAAGCAUUUAUUAGCAGCUGAAGCCCAGACUGCACAGGGGCAUAGUCAUCCCUCAAACAAAACACUAUGUCCGAGUGGCAGUUGUGAAGAUGAAGACUAUGUGUUGACGAUCAUGGUGCCGUAUGUUGGUGCCAUCAGAAUUGCUCGGGGAGGCGUAACGACCAUAGCGUCUCUCAAAACAGCACAAGAUCAAGGUGCUGAUGAAGAUGUUAGAAUCGGCUGUCUUCAGAUCGUCCAAGACAAUAGCCCAGGGAGAGAGGCUCUUAACACUGCCGAUGGUAGCUAUGGUGAUGAUGGCUCGCUAAAUGUUGCUAUGGACUCGAUCAACGCAACAUCAACUGAAGAGCACACGACAUUAAUUGCCCAGUACAUGUCAGAAGACCUGUUCAUGCAACAGGACCAGAUGUUCCCGGAUGCAGCUGCCAGCAUGGAUGACUGGGUGUUUCAAGGGUUCGAUACUGCCUUUUUUGAUGUCCUGACGCGUGAAGCUGAAAGGCCGCUCCCGGAUAGUGACGGUACUGGGAGUUGA